CUGACAUCAAAAUUUUAAGAAACAGACUCUUGUUUACUUUUUUGCAUCCAAAACUUUGGAUUUUGCAGGAAUUGGAAAUGGAAAUGGGAGCAAAACAACUCGAACAAUCAUCAUGGCCGUAGUUGCUUCCGUCGUUGGCUUUUUGUUACUUCUCCUCUGCAUUUGGAUCUGUUUAAGAUGCAGAAAGCCAAGGGAAAAUGAGGAAUCUGCUGAUGGAAUGAUCAAGGCUGAGUCUUUGCAAUAUGACUUAGCCACCGUCCGGGCAGCAACUAAGAACUUUUGUGAAGGAAAUAAACUAGGACAAGGUGGAUUCGGAGCGGUUUACAAGGGCAAGCUUCCAAAUGGACAAGAUGUGGCUGUAAAAAGGCUAUCUAGUGCUUCUGGACAAGGAGACUUAGAAUUCAAAAAUGAGGUCCUCCUAGUGGCCAAACUUCAACAUCGGAAUUUGGUUAGACUCUUUGGCUUUUGCUUGAAAGGAGAUGAAAGGCUUCUAAUCUAUGAAUUUGUGCCAAACACAAGCCUUGAUCAUUUCAUUUUUGAUCCUACCAAGUGUGCACAAUUGGAUUGGGAAAGGCGUUACAAAAUCAUUGGAGGCAUAGCUCGUGGCCUUCUUUACUUGCAUGAGGAUUCUCGUCUUCGAAUAAUUCAUCGUGAUCUAAAACCAAGUAACAUUUUAUUAGAUGAAGAUAUGAAUCCUAAAAUUGCAGAUUUUGGCAUGGCAAGAUUAGUUGUAAGAGAUGAAACAAAAGCCAAUACUAGUAGAGUUGUGGGAACUUAGUAAGUAUUUAAAAAGAGAAAAACUUUGAAUUGUUUCUUAUACAAAUAAAUAGUCAAGCAGAUUUGUUUGGUUUUGAUUGCAUGAAAGGACAAAGAAUGGUUUUCUUAUGUAUUGCAUUAAGAGAAAAUACCAAAACAUGAGUUUAUCAUUUUCAUAUUGAAAUUAAUAUCAUUGUCUUUGAUAUACACGCAGUGGAUACAUGGCUCCAGAGUAUGCAAUGCAUGGACAGUUCUCAGUAAAGUCAGAUGUAUUUAGUUUUGGUGUGCUACUUCUAGAAAUUGUUAGUGGCCAAAGAAAUAGUUGUUUUCAAAAUGGGGAGAGCAUAGAAGACCUACUAAGUUUUGCGUGGAAAAGUUGGAGGGAAGGGGCAGGAUUGAAUCUCCUAGAUCCAACUUUGAGAAAUGGUUCAACAGCUGAAAUGAUGAGAUGUAUCCAUAUUGGUUUGCUAUGUGUUCAAGAAAAUGUUGCUGAAAGACCAACUAUGGCUUCAGUUGUUCUCCUACUUAAUAGCAAUUCAACUUCACUCCCGGUGCCCUCUCAACCAGCAUUUUUUAAGCACAA